GCCAGCGUGCGCCUCAUUUGAAGUGCCAGAGCAAGAGAGAAGCAGAGACUGAGAGAAACAGAGAGAGAGUGAAGGGAAAGCAAGAGAGGGUCGACUGAUUCUCACUGAGAAAAAGCAAUAGUUCCAAGAAAGGUGCCUUAGCCAUUGCAGAGUCAGUUUCCCAGUGCGUUCAGCCCUGAGCUGAGCCAGCUUUACGCACACACGAGCGCAUCUGUUCGGCAUCAGUUAAGCUCAGUCAGUUGCGACCGUGAGUCAACAGGAGUGGGAAGUGGGGAGGACUUUUUAAGAGGACUUCUUGAAAACCCAGAUGCAGGACGCUGUGAUUUUAUAUGGAGACUCUAUUUGUUGUUUAUGCGCGUGUAUGGAUGGACCGGAUGCGUAGAGAUUUGUGAUCGAGGGAAAACAAACAAGGGGAAAAGCUUUUUUCUUCUAUCUGUAGAAGUUUGGUUUACUGCGGCUGCUGCGUCUGGAUGUGAGCAGCAACUGUGCUUUGCUUGGAAAACUGAGGUUUCUCCGGCUGGUUUGUAGGCGCUGUUCCUGUUCGUGCGUUCUAUGUGCAAGGAUCCAUUUGGCUCGCUUAUUAUUAUUGCUCAGUUUUUUUCUACUGUAUCCUAUUUGCGUCAUGACUUCUAGCUAUGCACAUGUAAGGGACAGGCAAGCAACGAUAUCAAAUCGCUUGGAGAGUCCGAUUACAUCGAAUCUGGAAAACCUUCAAGCCAAAAAGAACUUCUCCGUGAGCCACCUGUUGGAUCUGGAGGAGGCCAGGGAAAUGGUUGGGACACAGGCGGACGAGAGUGUCGGUGAGGCGGGGAGGAAUAUGCUGGAGUCCCCGGGGCUGACCAGUGGGAGCGACACCACCCAGCAGGAGAAUGAGCAGCUGAACGCAGAGGAGAAGAAGAAGAGGAAACAGAGGAGGAACAGAACUACGUUCAACAGCAGCCAGCUGCAGGCUCUGGAGAGGGUGUUUGAGAGGACACACUACCCCGACGCCUUCGUCAGAGAGGACCUGGCACGCAGGGUCAACCUCACAGAGGCACGGGUGCAGGUGUGGUUUCAGAAUAGAAGAGCAAAGUUUCGUCGGAACGAGCGAGCCAUGUUGGCCAGCAAGAACGCCUCGCUCCUUAAGUCCUACUCCGGGGACGUCACGGCCGUGGAGCAGCCCAUCGUACCCCGUCCGGCCCCCCGCCCAAAUGACUACCUAUCCUGGGGCAGUGCCUCUCCUUACAGUGCCAUGGCAACCUACCCCCCCACAUGCUCCAACCCCAAUACAUCCCAGGGAAUGAACAUGGCUAACAGCAUCGCCAACCUGCGGCUCAAAGCCAAGGAGUACAGCUUGAACCACGUGCCCACGGUCAACUGAGGAGAGAGGGGGGAGAGAGAGGCUUCAUGGUGGGGCUGGGGUCUCUCUCUCUCUCUCUCACACGUCUGUCCCACACAGACAGACAGUAAGACCCCUGCCUGGCCCCCACAGGGAUGAUUAAGAUCUGCCCUCCAUUUUAGCUUGAAGUCUCCUCUCGUUCCGGAGCGUCGUCGCUAUAGCGAUGGACCUGCUUCCUAUACUGUCCGCAAACCUGAAGCAUCUGAUGAGAAAGCAAGCGACGCAGGGGAAUCAUGAGAGGCUGUUUCUGUGAGCCGCGUCUCUCCUAUCCUGAGCAUCGCUGAACUGUCGCUGUCUGUACUAACCAAUUAAACAAAAGAGAUCAACCAAUUAAACCAAAGAGAUCAACCAAUUAAACCAAAGACAUCUAGACUGGGACUGGAUGCUGUAGCAAAUGACUGUUUUUAUUCAUUCUUUCAAUUUGAUUUUGACUAAAUGAAAGGCUAGUCUCCAAAGAUAUGGAAAUCCUGACAGAAUCAAUCUGACUGUCAGGCUGUCAGUGUCCAUUUCUAGUUUUAUUCACGGUCAAGACCACAGUGACCACUUCCUUGGGGUGAGGAGGAGAUGAGGAGGAGACACCAGGAUGGACGACUUUUCAAAUGGAGUUUUCUGUAUUUUUAUUAUAGAGCAUUCAAUAGGAUUAUAACAGCAGAAUGGGAUGAGUAACUUCCUGAUCAACAACAACAACAACAUCAACAAGGACUUAUCCUUGGGAGGUUACAAACAUUUAUACGUUUUAAUAUUUUUUCUUCUCACAUUUCUUUCCAUUUUAUUCCAGUGACAAGCAAACAUUUUUCCCGGCGCAUUUUGAUUCAUAUAAUGCCAUGGUACACUAUACAGGAAAGGCUAAUGUAACCUAUUUCUGAAUCCAAGACCGUAGUUUCGCUUCAUCUUUGUAUGAUAUUCUUUAUUUGUAACAGAUAAUCAUGUAUAUUAAUAAACUCAAGCAAAGUAA